GCGGAGAAAUAUUGCUCGUCGUCCACGAACCGAAACGACAGAAAAAGCUUCGAACAAACUUGCGCAGCAGGUCCCAAGGCCAGACUGAAUUAAUGUCUGGUAGCAGGCAGACGAUUGCACCUGCGAGCUCUCUCACAAAGCUUAGAACACAGUGACCCACGAUGUCUAGAUUGGAGCUGUUCACUGUGUGUGGUGGUCACAGAACGAGCUGAGUAAUUGAAUUUAUGGCUUCGAUUUCGAUUGUGUAUCUUGGUGAUGGCGAGCGCUGGAGUGCGGGUGAAUUGAAAGAUGACUGUGGUUGGAAUCCUGUUUGCUAACACCGUGUUCGGCAUCGUUUUGGAUUCCUCUUUUGCCGAGUCUCACAUCGAUGGAGAGCUCGAAAGAAUUUUGUAGACCCCAGAACUUUGGCUGUCCGGCACGAGAGCUUUGGAAGCCAAUGCACGAACUUCGUAUGUUGGUUGGUGCAGAAGUCGUUUGCCUUCUCUGGUAAAAUCCGGGUGAACGGUGACGUGAAAUUUAUGGGAAGGUGUCCGUUGUCAAGCUAAGAGGUUCCAAGAUAUGGUGCCUAUGACGGCGACAUUAGAGGCGCUCUGGCAGCGCCCUCAGCCCCUGGUUCUGUGCUCAGCGAAAUCUCAGAGAUUCCAGAAAUGGAUUCACCCCGAAUUGGUUGUUUCCACGUCUCCAAAACGUGGAGGAUUUUACAUUCUCCACCUGCAGCAGAAGAAAAAUGGUUGGACCUGUCCGGGUGCGAAGAUCUAUUCUCCAAGGAACAAGACAUGGACGGUUUGUGCUGCCCAAGGAGAGGGAGAAAAAGGAGGGAGUCGUAAUGUCGGUGAGUGGAUGAAGCAGAAAAUCGAAGAAGGAAGGAAGAGAGAGCUGCCUGUUGGUGAGAACGUGAUGAGGAUGAUAGCCACGGCCACUGCUGCUCCCAUUGCGCAGUACAUUGAUUCUCCGUUUACAGCCCUACACUCUCUGGAUCCUCGUGUCAAGCAAGCCUGGCUUCUUGCUUUGGUGGUACUGCCAUCUAGAGCUCAUAUUUAUAUUCGCUUUGGAAUCGUAGGACUGCUGGUCCUGGGUACUGUCUGUUCUCUCCCUCGUCGUAUAUGGCAGGAUCAGCUGGGUCGCAUGUUUUUGUUGUCAGGAUUUCUGUUCGUACUCACUGCUCUCGGGACCGAUGGAGUGCCACCUGUUGUACAGCCCCGCACGCCUCCACCAUCGCUGGAAGGAUUGCCGGAUAUUCUUCCUUCUCUGACUGGUUAUUCUUAUGUAAUUAUGAAAAUUGGUCCGCUGAUGCUUACAAGGAAAGGUCUAUCACUUGCUGCUGCAGCUUCAUGUUUUUCAUUUACGGUCUUGCAGAGUGCAACUCUCUGCCUCACAACAACCACUCCAGAGCAACUAGCAGCGGCACUGCAAUGGUAUCUUACUCCGUUGUCUCGAUUUGGAGCUCCCGUAGGGGAAAUUAUACUCACUCUCUUACUCUCCCUCCGUUUUAUCGGUCUUGUGUUCGACGAGGUGCGGAAUAUAGCGUUGGCCGUGGUUGCUCGAGGAGUGCAAUGGAAGACUCUUAAACCUAUGGAGACCAUUGACACACUCUUCACUCUUUUUGGGCGAUUAUUCAAGAAUCUACUCAAUCAUUCUGAAAGAAUUUCUGAGGCAAUGGUGGCUCGAGGAUUCAAAGGAAAUGCAUCGAACCACAAAAUAUACUUUCUUACGAACUUUUCGCUCACAGGUUUAGACAAAGUCGCAAUUUUAGGACUCAUUGUUUUGGUAAUGUUGACAUCGUAUUCAGAACUAAUGCUACCCGUUUGACCACCAUGUUUACUACCCUGUUGUACACGUCUCUCGGUUCCUCUGAAUAAAAAUAUAUCCAC